AUGAUGCUGGAGCCACGAUGCCUUGCUUGGAUGACAAAGACUCACGUCUCAUUCGAUCUUGUUCUGUUACAGCGCAUCCGCCUUCAACCGACCGGCCUUGACAUUUACAGAGACCUACUUAUGUAUAGAAUCGCUACAAGUCGGCCAUUUCUCAGACAGAAAAUUGGAUUUCUAUCUAGUGCUCUUGUUGCUACCCGCGCCAUGCAUAUCCAGUCAAUUCCCAUGUGGGAGGGAAGCUCCAACAACUACGCUUACCUGGUAGUUGACGAUAAGUCCAAGGACGCCGUCAUCGUUGAUCCCGCAAACCCUCCCGAGGUUGCGCCUAUCCUAAAGGAGGCUAUCAAGGCGGGGAAGAUCAACUUGACAGCCAUUGUCAACACCCAUCAACUGAUCUCCUUGCUGCCAUUGGGAUCAUGCAGGAGGCAACAAGAAGCUGACAUAAUUGGCGGCAAAGACUGCGAUGGUGUUACGAAGACACCAGGUCACGGCGAGACCUUCAAUCUCGGCGAUAUCACCUUCAAGGGUGUGCAUACACCUUGCCACACUCAGGACAGCAUCUGCUUCUUUGUGGAAGACGGAAAGGACAAAGCUGUCUUCACGGGUGAUACCCUUUUCAUUGGCGGAUGUGGAAGAUUCUUCGAGGGCAAUGCGGAGGAGAUGCACGAGGCUUUGAACAAGCGUCUUGCGGCGUUGCCUGAUGACACUGUGGUUUAUCCGGGACAUGAGUAUACCAAGGCCAAUGUCAAGUUUGCCGCAUCUGUUUCUCAGCGCGAUGCUGUCCAGAAGCUCCACUCCUUCGCCGAGAACAAUAAGGUCACCACUGGCAAGUUUACCAUCGGAGACGAAAAGGAACACAACGUCUUUAUGAGGGUCGAGGAUCCCGAGAUUCAGAAGCAGACAGGCGAGACGGAGCCUGUGGCAGUUAUGGCCAAGUUACGCGAAAUGAAGAACAACUUCAAGUGA